UACGGGGAGUCAUCCCUCUAGGAAAACCUGCGGUAGCUCCCGUCAACUCCACCCUUGCAAACUGUUUCCCAUCAGCAGCGGUUCAUUCUAGAUCCUGCAGGCAAGCAGUGGACAUCCAGCUGCUGGUAUUAUGGAGUCCUGAACUCGACGUGAACUUCCAAAGUGAAACAGAACCUUACAGACUUUCACUGACUUCCUCCCUGGUCAUGGGGAAGGUCUACUACAUCAGUAAGAACGUGGGACUUGGACUACUUGUAUUAGCUAUUAGCGCUCUGGUGACAAUCAUAGCUCUGUCUAUCACCUACGACAAGGAGAAGGCCAAGAAUCGAGUUAAUACUGGGGACCAAGCGGCGAUCAACAGCGAUAUCCCGGAUCCGACCCCCGUAGUCUCAAAGGAUCCGUGGGACCAGUACAGACUCCCGUCCACGCUGGUCCCCACCUUGUACAACGUGACGCUAUGGCCUCGCCUGAAGCCCAACGCAGAUGACCUCUUCAUCUUUACCGGACGCUCGGAUGUGGUCUUCACCUGUCUCGAGGCUACGGACAUGGUUCUGAUCCACGCCAGCAAGCUUAACUUCACCACCUUCGAUGGACGCCACGCCCUGCUGAGAGAGCUAUCCGGAGGCUGGACCCCGGCCAUCACGAAGUCCUGGCUGGUGGUGGAGACAGAGUACCUGGUCCUGGAACUGUAUGGCAGCCUCAAAGAGGGUGCAUCCUACGUAUUGCACACUGAAUUUCAAGGAGAACUGGCAGAUGGCCUGGACGGAUUCUACAGAAGCGAAUACAUGGAAGAUGGAGUGAAGAAAGUGGUUGCCACGUCUCAAAUGCAAGCCACCUACGCCCGGAAAGCCUUCCCAUGCUUUGAUGAACCCGCCAUGAAAGCAGUCUUCAACGUUACCAUCAUACAUGACAGGGACAAGACGGCUCUUUCCAACGCCCGGGCAAUAGAUGUCAGAGACACAGUAAUAGAGGACACCAAGGUCCGAAUUACGACGUUUGAGCCCACGGCCAAGAUGUCCACCUACCUUCUGGCCUUUAUUGUUAGUGACUUUACCUACGUUGAGUCCAACCGGCAGAAUGGUGUGCAGGUGCGGGUGUGGGCUCGAAAGAAGGCAAUCGCCGAUGGACAUGGUGACUACGCUCUCAAUGUCACUUGGCCUAUUCUUAAGUUCUACGAACGCUACUAUGACGCACCGUACCCGCUCCCCAAGUCUGAUCAGGUGGCUCUGCCUGACUUCCAAGCCGGUGCCAUGGAGAACUGGGGACUGGUCACCUACAGGGAGACUGCUCUGCUCUACGAUCCGGAAAGAUCCUCGGCAGGAAACAAACAACGAGUGGCCUCCGUCAUCGCACACGAGCUAGCGCACAUGUGGUUCGGUAACCUGGUGACCAUGCGCUGGUGGAAUGAUCUUUGGCUUAACGAGGGUUUUGCAUCCUACGUGGAGUACCUUGGAGUGGACUACGCUGAACCAAAAUGGAACAUUAAAGACCUGAUCAUUCUGGAUGAUCUCCAGGGGGUGUUCAGUCUAGAUGCCCUGGCGUCCUCUCAUCCUCUAUCUCGAAGAGAAGACGAGGUGAACACACCUGCUCAGAUCAGCGAGAUAUUCAACACCAUUUCCUAUAGCAAGGGGGCAGUGGUUCUCAGGAUGCUGUCUGGAUUUCUGGGUGAACCGGUGUUUGCCAAGGGGCUCAGUUCUUACCUCAACACGUUCGCCUUUAGCAGCACUGUGUACCGAGACUUGUGGGACCACCUACAAAAGGCGGUUGAGGACACGCCGGGCUUGCGUAUCCCACGUACAGUCCAUGAAAUCAUGCAUCGCUGGACUCUACAAAUGGGAUUCCCGGUGGUGACCAUCAACACCAGGACCGGACAUGUCGCCCAGCAGCAUUUCCUGCUGGAUCCAGAGUCUGUAGUGGAGAGACCCUCGCAAUUUAAUUAUACAUGGUUUGUGCCCAUACAAUGGAUGAAGACGGGCUUGGCGCAACAACAGUACUGGCUGCUCGAUAAAACAGACAGAAACCCUCAAAUGAGGGUUUCGGGACUCAACUGGGUUCUGGCCAACACAAACGUGUUGGGAUACUUCAGGGUCAACUACGAUAAUGACAAUUGGAAUCGCCUCAUCUCCGUGCUGGAAACGAACCACCUGGCCAUUCCCACCUUAAACCGAGCUCAGAUCAUCGAUGACGCCUUCAACCUGGCACGAGCCAAAAUGGUCGAUGUUACGCUGGCCCUAAGGACCACCAAGUACUUGUCUAAAGAGACGCAAUACAUCCCGUGGCAGUCGGCAGUGGGAAAUCUCAACUUCUACUACCUCAUGUUUGACCGUACUGAAGUCUAUGGACCCCUACAGGCGUACACCAAGAAGCUCAUCCAACCACUUUUUGAGCAUUUCAAGAGGGUUACAAAUAACUGGAAGACGGUACCUGAAGGAAUCACCGACCAAUACAAUCACAUCAACGCGGUGGGAGUGGCCUGCAUGGCGGGAGUACCGGCUUGCAGGGAACUCAUCAAAAGCUGGUUCAAACGAUGGAUGGACAACCCGGAACACAACCCGAUACAUGCCAACCUGAAAAGCACAGUGUACUGUCAAGGGGUCGCACUGGGCGGCGUGGAGGAGUGGGACUUUGUCUGGAAGAUGUUUAAGAAUGCCACGCUGGCGUCCGAGGCUGCCAGACUCAGGGGGGCAUUGGCCUGCGCUAAAGUCCCUUGGCUCCUUAACAGGUAUCUGGAAUACACCUUGGAUCCGGAAAAGAUCCGUAAGCAGGACGCGAUCUCGGCCAUUGUGAGUGUGAGCUACAACGUGGUGGGCAUGCCUUUAGCCUGGAACUUCGUCAGAGCGCGAUGGAAACAGCUUUAUGAAUUAUAUGGAAAAGGAUCGUUUGCCUUCUCCAAGCUCAUCAGCGGAGUCACCACGCGCUUCUCUACAGAAUUUGAACUGCAGGAGCUGCGUCGAUUCAAGGAGGACAACAAAGCGGUGGGCUUCGGCUCGGCCACGCUGGCCCUGGAGCAAGCCAUGGAAAAGAUCUCUGCUCAGAUCAAAUGGGUGACGGAGAACAAAGGCCCAAUCCUCGGCUGGUUUUCUGGGGACGCCGUGUGAAAAGCGGGAGGAACCCUCUUUCUUCUUUGUUUUGCGCUAUAAUCAUCAGGAUGCCUUCUGAGGACAUCUGCAAACACUGCACCAUGUUAUUACAGCAAGACUCGCACACAUUUUCUGUCUCUGUGUGCUUAAAAUGAACACUUUUUGGGAGGUCUGAACAGUUGAUGGUGCAACAAAUGGUGUUUUUAACCUUGCUGAAGCUGCCAAACCCGACGAGUUUCAAAUAUGCAUUGACGGAAUUCAUGAAACAAUUUUUUUUUUUCAAAUUAAAGACUCAUUUGCCGUAUUUUCGCACUAUAAGGCACCCCUGACUAUAAGCAGCCACCCACCAAAUUUGACAUGAAAACGACAUUUAUUCAUAUAUAAGCCGUGCUGGACUAUAAGACGCAGCUCUCCUCACUGUAUUAUGGAUAUUUACAACAAAAGAUAUUAACCGGUAACACUUUAUUUGACAGCGGCAUCAUACAACUGUCAUAAGACCAAAUGAAACACUGUGAAGCUUUGAACCAAUUGGUUGCAAAGCUUCAUUGCUUCAAGAAGCUUCAUUUGGCUAUCACUGCUCCCUUGGGGGAGACAGUCAACCUCUGCUGCCACCUGCUGUCAACACUGUUGUCGUCCAACAUGCCUCCUAGCAUGCGCUAAAGAUGUAAAAAAAACAAUAAAAAUUCAUGUUCUGUGCUAAUUAUUACUUCAGUUACUGUUCCAGUUACUUCAUUAAUUGCUAGUUAUGACAGUGGUGCCAUAUGACUGUCACUAGACAAUCAUAAUUAUGACAUGACACUGUCAUGGGCAUUAAUGAAUGCUUAUAACAUGUCAUUUAGUGUGAUCCGUCAAAUUAUCUCACUUUUGAAUGGAUGUAAAAGAUCCGAGUUCGACAUUAAUGGAGUUAGUGACGUAAUUUGCUGGAUGACACUUAAUUACAUCUGUCAUAAGCAUUCAGUAAUGCCCAUGAUAGUGUCAUGUCAUAAUUAUGACGGUCUUAUGACGCAACUGUCAAAUAAAGUGUUACCUUUUAACCCCAAAAAAUUAACAAAUAAGCCGCACUGGACUAUAAACUGCAGGAUUCAAAAUGAAGGAAAAAAGUAGCAGCUUAUAGUCGGAAAAUUAUGAUAGGUAAGCUAGCAAGCUAAUAUGUAAGUCAAUUCCUGUUAAAUCUUUUUCAAAUUCUCUAAAAAGAUAAUUUGUUUUAAAUUUCUGUUGAUUUUCACAUUGGACAAUGACUAGGGGACACUAGGGGUAUGACAAUAUAUCCAAAAGGGGAUAUAUUGCGAUACUUUAUAGACCAAAAGGUUAUCGAUAAGGUCCCACCAAGAAUCGAUACAUCAUUUUAAAAAGGUUUACCUGUUUAAAAAAGGAACCAAGAGGUUGCUAUGGAUCCCCUAAUGGGACAUCGACAGAAAUAAAAUAAAUUUAAACCAUCAGGUAAACAUUAGCAUUACAUAGCUAUUUUUAUAGCUUUAAGCUAGCGGACUUUUGCAAUGCAAGUUAGCCAGUUGUUCUUUUGCAAGGUCCUCAUUUAUUUAUUUUUUUCUAUAUCGUUUGAGGCUAAGCUAGGGUGACCAUAUUUUGAUUUCUAAAAAAGAGGACACUCAGCCCAGCCCCAGCCCGGCCUCAAGAUACUUGAAUUUUACUCGAAGUUCACUCAAAGAUGCCUAUAUCACUUUAAUAUAUUUAAAGUGUGCCCCCUCACUCUGGAUGGAAAAAUGCAGUUUGAAAAAAAAU